AAAUAAUUAUAAUAAUACAAGUAGAGAGAUGUGAAUGCACACGCAUUACCACGCAAUUUAAAAAAUCACUUUAACAAAGUAUAACAAUAACUGCAAAACUUUGAAUUGACAUUAAUUUUCCAGCCAAUUUGUACAAUAAAUAUUUUGUUUGCAAAUUGCAUGCAGCUAAUCACAGUGAAAUCAUUAGCAAAUAUGGAUCAAAAGUUUCUAUAAUUCACUCAAAUUAACGCAAUUAUUCACAAGCCUUUAUUGAAAACACAUAUAAAUGUCGACAUUUGUUGGCGACUUCUCAUACAGUGUGCUGUGUUGAGGUUUUGGAAGAUGUGGCAACGCAUUUUAUGUGUCUGCCUUGUGGCAAGUUGUGCAAUUGCUGUGGACAAUGAAGUCGAAAAGCUUUUUCGGGAUAUGGAGGUAGUGUCCGAUAUACUGGAUGAACCGCCUAAGGAGAUGUUGAAGAUUGAAUAUAAUAAUGGUUUAGACGUUGGCAACGGCGAGGAGUUCACACCGACUCAAACCAAAGACGAACCCAAGCUAUAUUGGACAUUCGAGCCAGAUGCAUACUAUACAGUGAUCAUGGUAAAUCCGGAUAUACCAACGCGACAGAAUCCGCUGCUGCGUGAAUGGCUACACUGGUUGGUUGUCAAUGUACCAGGUGUCGAUAUCGCCAAGGGUGAUAUUAUAGAUCCUUAUAUUGGACCGAUGGCACCCAAAAUGAGUGGCGUACUAAGGUAUGUGUUCCUUAUUUACAAACAACACGGAAAACAAGUGUUCGAUGAAGCCAAAAUGACCAACACCGAUGUUACUGGGCAUGAGAAGUUCUCUUCUAUGGACUUUGCUGGGAAAUACAAUAUGGAGCUGGUGGCUGGCAACUUGUUUCAGGCGCGCUGGGAUGAACUUGUGCCCAGUUUGCAUAAGCAAUUUGGUAUAAGUUUAUAAAUAGUGAAAAGUCAUCUAAAAGAAUUAAUGAAUGAUUGUAGGUGGAAGUUGAAACAGUAUUAUAGUAAGUGAGGAGGUAUAUUGAUAUAUUAAAGUAUAUUUUAGUUAGGUUUUGGUCAAUUUUGAAGCUGUUAACUGAUUUUAGUUAGUGUUGGCUGAAAUUAGCAUAAAAGCAUAGGUUUGUUUUAUGAAAUUCCCAAUCAUUGUUUAGUUUAAAUUUGUGUUUCAUUUGUAGUUGUGUUUUUAUUUAAUAAAUGCUUAGCCUAUUUGACGAACAUUCCAAGAAAAACAAA